GGCGGCGGGAUGCGGGUGUCGGUGUGGGUGUGCUGCCUGGGGGCUGCGCUGCUGGCGGCGGGGCACAGCGUGCCGCGGCUCCGCCUGCCCUACCGCGAGCUUUUGGGCACCAACCGCUCUGUCGUCUUCUUUGGCCACCGAGGCUUCCUGGGCUUCAGCUCCCUGUACCUGGAUGAGUACCGUGACCGGCUCUUCAUCGGGGGCAAGGAUGUUCUCUACUCCCUGCUCCUGGACGGGGCCAGCACAGAUGCCAAGGAGAUCUACUGGCCGCCCCUCCCUGGACAGACGGAGGAGUGUUUUCGGAAGGGGAAGGACGCAGGGACCGACUGUGCCAACUACGUCCGCGUGCUGCACCCCUACAACCGGACACACUUGCUGGUCUGCGGGACGGGCGCCUUCCACCCUGUCUGCGCCUUCAUCUACGUGGGGCACCGCGGCGAGCACACCUUCAGCCUGGACCCCACCAGCGUGGAGACCGGCCGGGGCAGGUGCCCGCACGAGCCCAGCCGCGCUUUUGCCAGCACUGUCAUCGGCGGGGAGCUGUACGCUGGCCUCACCGCAGAUUUCUUGGGCCGCGAUCCUGGCAUCUUCCGCAGCACGGGGACCCGCUCUGCCCUGCGCACUGAGGUGGACCAACGCCUACUCAAUGACCCCAAAUUCGUGGCAGCCCACUUGAUCCCAGACAACGAUGACCGGGACAACGACAAAGCCUACUUCUUCUUCACGGAGAAGGUGGUGGAGGCAGACAGCAAGGAGCACACCAUUGUCAGCCGGGUGGCACGGGUCUGCGUGAAUGAUGCUGGUGGACAGAGGGUGCUGGUCAACAAGUGGAGUACCUUCAACAAAGCCCGGCUAGUGUGCUCUGUUCCUGGCCCCGGUGGCAUCGACACCCACUUCGAUGAGCUGGAGGAUGUCUUUUUGCUGAGGACGAAGGAUGGGAAGAGCCCAGAGAUCUACGCCCUCUUCAGCACCAUCAGCCAUGUCUUCCAGGGCUCUGCCGUCUGCGUGUACCGCAUGGCCGACAUCCGGGAGGUCUUCAACGGGCCCUUCGCCCACCGGGAGAGCCCCCACCACCAGUGGGGCCCCUAUGAGGGCAGGGUGCCCUACCCACGGCCAGGCGUGUGUCCCAGCAAGACCACCAACCAGCCCCGGCGGCAGUACGGCACCACCAAGGACUUCCCCGACGAGGUGCUGCACUUCGCCCGCGCUCACCCCCUCAUGUACAAGCCCGUGUACCCCAGGCACCGCCGACCGCUCCUAGUGAAGACCGACCUGCCCCACCGCCUGCACCAGCUUGUGGUGGACCGGGUGGAAGCCGAGGACGGGCACCACGAUGUCCUCUUCCUUGGGACAGACGCUGGCUCGGUGCUGAAGGUGGUGGUCCUGCAGAAGACAAGCUUGGCCAUGACCGAGGAAGUUGUCCUGGAGGAACUGCAGGUUUUUAAGGCGCCUGUGCCCAUCACCCAGAUGGAGAUCUCCGUCAAGCGUCAAACGCUCUACGUGGGCUCCAGCCUGGGGGUGGCCCAGGUACGGCUGCACCGGUGCGAGACCUACGGCACGGCCUGUGCCGAAUGCUGCCUGGCCAGGGAUCCUUACUGCGCCUGGGACGGCACCGCCUGCACCCACUACCAGCCCUCUGGCAAGCGCCGCUACCGCCGCCAGGAUGCCCACCAUGGCAAUCCUGUGCACCAGUGUCUGGACCAGAACCUAACCGUGGAUGAUUUUGAGAGCGUUGAGGAGAAGGUGCUUUAUGGGGUGGAGGACAACAGCACCUUCCUGGAGUGCACCCCCCGGUCCCCGCAGGCCAGCGUGCAGUGGUUUGUCCAGAGGCCCCCCGAUGAGCAGCGGGAUGAGGUAAAGACGGACGAGCGUAUCCUGCAAACGGAGCAAGGGCUGCUCUUCCGCAAGCUGCACCGCCAUGACACUGGCAUCUACUACUGCAAGACGCUGGAGCACGGCUUCACCCAGACGGUGGCCAAGACAGCCUUGGAGGUGAUCACCAGUGAGCAGCUGGCACACAGCUUCCCCCGGGAGCGGGGGCAUGAGCUCCUGCGCCCGCCUUGCCCUGAGCCCUGGCUGGCACCACAGGCUUCCAAAACCUGGUUCAAGGACAUCAUGCACCUCAUCAGCUCCCAAAACCUGCGGCGGGUGGAGGAGUACUGCACCCGCCUCUGGUGCGGCACCAGCCGCCCCCACCACCGCAAGAGCAAGCUGGCCCAGACCAAGCACGCCCUGGCCAGCAUGGAUGUGGGCAAGAAGGGACGGGUGGCCAAAUCCCACAGCGAGAGGAGCCGCGUGCCCCGGCAAGCGGCAGCCAGUUAAGAGAGGGCAGGGUAAUGGACAUGGGGUGGCCAUGGGUGAGGACCAGCUCCCCAUGCUGCUGGUGGCCCCAGGGGACCCCUGCCCUAGUGGGUGGCUUGCAGCGGUGCCAGCCCAGCCCCUCCAUUUCCCCAUUUGUGGUGGACG